UGGGUAGAUAGAUAGAGGGAAACUACCACCAUUUAGAGAGUCUCAACCAAUUAAAACCCCCCGCAUUUCGUCAUUUAUAAAAUUUGUGGCUUGAAUUUUUGGUGGCCGAUUUGGAUGGAAAAUCAACUUUCCCAUCAUCGUGAAUUCAUCACUCAAAUUGGUGAGAAACCCACCGCUGUUUAGUUUAGAUAGGCAAGUGCUGUACUACUAGAUACUAAGGUAGUUUAAUAUGUAAGUCAUGAAUCUAUUGAGUCAGUCAGUAUAAUUUCUUCCUCUGCUUAUACUUCUUUCUUCCUUUACUGUGAUCUUGAGUUCGUUCUGUUGAUCAACCAAUCACCCUUUCAUCAUGUCUGCUUCACAUCCAGAUGCGAACCUCUUUCCACAUGCCACUGGCUUGGCCGCCGAAAUGGUUAAACAACAUUCUAAAGAAGAGCCAGUGAAGCUCUAUGCUGGAUGGUUCUGUCCCUUCACUCAACGGGUGCUCCUCCUCCUCCUCGAAAAACGCAUCCCCUUCCAAUACAUCGAAGUAAACCCAUACCAAAAACCCCUAUCCCUUCUCAAACUCAAUCCCCGCGGUCUCAUCCCCACCCUGUCCUACGAAGGCAAAGCCCUCUACGAAAGCACAAUCAUAUGCGAGUUCCUCGAAGACGCCUAUCCAUCUCACUACCCUCGAUUACUCACUCGCGAACCAUUCGAGAGAGCCAGAUUGAAGAUUUGGACCGAUCAUAUCACAUCACGUGUUGUACCAGCUUUUGAUCGUUUUCUUCAGUAUCGAUCGGUUUCGGUGGAUGAUCCUAGGUUUGUGACGAUUCGCAAUAGGUUUCUUACCUCCCUUUAUGAGUUUACGCGGGAAAUGCAUCCCAUUGGACCUUAUUUUGCAGGCAAAGAACCAUGUAUAGUAGACUAUGUUCUUGCACCCUGGGCACUCCGUAUCUGGGUCUUUGACUACUUCAAAGGAGGUCUGCAUCUUGAGGAGCUAGGAGAAUUAAAAGGAAGAUGGGAGAAAUGGGUCGAGGUUAUCGAGGAGAGAAAGAGUAUUCAGAUGACUUUGAGUGCGACGGAAUACUAUUUACCUAUCUAUGAGAGAUAUGCGGAUGAUGCUCCACAGGUAGAGAUUGGAAAGCCGAUGGGAGAGGAAGGUGAAUUGUUUUAA